UGAUUGCCCUGGAGGCCUUUCGGUGACGUCGGUCUUGAUAUUCUAUCGCAUAUAAUCCAAGGCGCAAACGAGUCACAUCACGCCAGCAUCGGUUCAGGAAUCUACUACCGACGAGAUGGUAAGCGCAAAAUGUAUCCGUAACAAGGUGAAUGAAGGAGUUCGUAGUGCUAUGGCGUGUGGUGUGGCGUGGGGCGGGUGUGGGCGUGGACGUGGACGUGGACGUGGUGUCGUGUCUUGUUCUUCGAGUUUAGGUCUGUUUGACCAGUCGGGUUGGACAAAAGUCGUCGAGAUAAUUCGCGUCGCAGUCGCAGAUGACGAUAGAUAGUCGCGAAUUAUGAUGAAAUCCGACAGUGAACGAGCUAUCGAU